AUAGGCAUAGAGAAAACAGCUACUACUAUUGCAGACAUUAGGACUACAGAAGAUUCUCCGGGUCUUUAAAAUAAUAGCGUAUACAGAAAAUGCAGCUUUUCAACAUUCCAAUUACUCUCCUUCUUGCGUUCCUGAACUUGCACCUGCUGAGUGGGCAUCCAGUAGUACCCAGUGAGCUCUUAUCUAGUGAAGAUGUGGACAUCUUAAAGGUUCUUCUUCGCCAAUUGGAGGACUCUAUUCCUGAACAGAGACCAGCUGCCACUGAUGGCGAGUCUGCACAGAGGGAUGCGGAAGUGCCUUUGGAAGAUAUGUCGCUACCCGAAGAAGAGGACUACACAAAGGCUCAGAGUGCCCAGCAUCCUAGACUGAGUCUAGCUGACGUAAAAGAGUUUCUUUCUGCCCGCGACCUGAAGGCCGUCCGGAACGACUCAAAGAGAUACUCGGCAUGCUUUGGGAGACGCAUGGAUAGGAUCGGCUCUAUGACUUCACUGGGAUGCAACACUGUUGGACGCAAAAAUCGGAGAAGAUGAAGUCUUAAUGGAGAAACUGGAAGCGAUUACGCCAUUACAUAUCAUGAAUUGGAAUUGUAUUCAUAUUUAUACAUAUUUAUUUUGAUAUUUAUUGAACUGAAGUUGUGAUCUUCUUAUAUAUGCCCAGGCUUACGUGUGACCAUGAACUGAUUGUUUUAUUUUACUGUAUUUACUUUACAGCACUUGUUAUGGGUCAGAACGAACAAUUCAAUAAAUGUUUACAACUUACAACAA